CAGCAGUGGGUGCAGAACUUUCGGGAGUUUGACAGAAUCCCUCUGCACACUUAUAUAUACAGACUGCGUCAACGACUUUGGGCUUAUCAAUAGCAGGCACAGCACCCACAGGAGCUCGGCCAACUGGGGACGAAGAGUCUGCAACUCCACACUCACUGAGCAACUAAGAUGUCUAAGGGACCUGCUGUAGGCAUCGAUCUUGGGACCACCUAUUCCUGUGUGGGAAUUUUCCAGCAUGGCAAAGUGGAGAUCAUUGCCAAUGACCAGGGUAACAGGACCACACCGAGCUACGUGGCAUUCACUGAUACUGAGAGGCUCAUUGGAGAUGCUGCCAAGAAUCAGGUGGCCAUGAACCCUUCCAACACUGUGUUUGAUGCCAAGCGGCUGAUUGGUCGGCGGUUUGAUGACCAGGUGGUACAGUCAGAUAUGAAGCACUGGCCCUUUAAAGUGAUCAAUGAUUGCGGCCGGCCCAAAAUGCAGGUUGAGUACAAGGGGGAGAUGAAGACUUUCUACCCUGAGGAAGUGUCUUCAAUGGUGCUCACCAAGAUGAAGGAGAUCUCUGAGGCCUACCUGGGGAAGACUGUGACCAAUGCUGUCAUCACUGUACCUGCUUAUUUCAAUGACUCCCAGCGUCAGGCCACCAAAGAUGCAGGCACUAUUGCUGGACUUAAUGUACUGCGUAUCAUCAACGAGCCCACUGCUGCCGCCAUUGCUUAUGGGCUUGACAAGAAGGUUGGUGGUGAGCGUAACGUACUUAUCUUUGAUCUUGGCGGUGGCACUUUUGACGUAUCCAUUCUGACCAUUGAGGAUGGCAUAUUUGAGGUGAAGUCGACUGCAGGAGACACACAUCUUGGUGGUGAGGACUUUGAUAAUCGGAUGGUCAAUCACUUCAUUGGGGAAUUCAAGAGGAAAUUCAAGAAGGACAUCACGGACAACAAACGGGCCGUACGACGACUGCGCACUGCCUGUGAGAGAGCUAAACGCACCUUAUCCUCAAGCACCCAGGCCAGCAUCGAGAUCGACUCCCUCUAUGAAGGAGUAGACUUCUACACAUCCAUUACUAGAGCUCGGUUUGAAGAGCUCAAUGCUGACUUGUUCCGUGGAACUUUGGAACCGGUGGAGAAGGCACUGCGGGAUGCCAAGCUGGACAAAGCCCAGAUUCAUGACAUAGUGCUAGUCGGGGGUUCCACUCGGAUUCCCAAAAUUCAGAAGCUCUUGCAAGACUUUUUCAAUGGAAGAGAUCUCAAUAAGAGUAUUAACCCAGAUGAAGCUGUGGCAUAUGGUGCAGCUGUCCAGGCUGCUAUCCUUGCUGGAGACAAGUCUGAAAAUGUGCAGGACCUCUUACUGCUGGAUGUUACUCCUCUGUCUCUGGGCAUUGAAACUGCUGGGGGUGUAAUGACAGUUCUGAUCAAGCGGAACACCACAAUUCCAACCAAGCAGACACAGACCUUCACCACCUACUCGGACAACCAGCCUGGUGUGCUCAUCCAGGUGUUUGAAGGUGAGAGAGCAAUGACCAAGGACAACAAUCUCCUUGGGAAGUUUGAGCUGACUGGCAUUCCUCCGGCUCCAAGAGGAGUCCCACAAAUUGAAGUCACUUUUGAUAUCGAUGCCAAUGGAAUCCUCAACGUGUCGGCAGUUGACAAGAGCACAGGAAAAGAAAAUAAGAUCACUAUUACCAACGACAAAGGUCGCCUGAGCAAAGAGGACAUUGAGAGGAUGGUGCAGGAAGCAGAACAGUACAAGGCUGAAGAUGACGUACAACGAGAGAAAGUGACAGCUAAGAACUCGCUCGAGUCACUGGCCUUCAACAUGAAGAGCACGGUAGACGAUGAGAAGCUCAAGGACAAGAUCAGUCCAGAAGACAAGAAGACAAUCAUUGACAAGUGCAAUGAAGUCAUUGCUUGGCUUGAUAGAAACCAGAUGGCUGAGAAAGAUGAAUAUGAACACCAACAGAAGGAACUGGAGAAGGUCUGUAAUCCCAUCAUUACCAAACUCUACCAGGGAGCAGCAGGUGGGAUGCCUGGUGGAAUGCCAGGGGGCUUCCCAGGAGGAGCUGGAGGCGCCUCAGGUUCCUCUUCAGGUCCCACCAUUGAAGAAGUGGACUAAACAUCAUGGGAUUAUAAAUGGACAAAACACAAAAAUCAAAGUCUUUCAGCCAAAGCUCCACGCAGUCAAGUUUUUCUUGUCAUAUUUGUUUUCCAUGGAAAACCCCUGAAGGUUGUCGGCUUGAAGUGACAAAUGUCAUUAUUUGUCCUUUCACAGUAAAUAAGACACUUUUAUUUGCAAAAGAAAUUUUUGCCUCUCAAUAUUUGAUAGAUAAAGAUUUUGUUCCCACUGGAAAGGUUUAAAGGGCGGUAAUGUAUGUCAUUUUAAAAGAAAAAAAAUCAGUAUAGUUAACAAAUGAUUUCCAUGUUUAAUAUUUCAAUUCACGAUGUCUGUUGCUUUAGUUCUUUUAUGGAGUGAAUGGCUACAUAAAUAAAUGUCUAUAAUAUAAAA